UACCGUGUAAAAAAUGUUGUUUCUUGUCAAUAUCACGCGUGUUACUUCAGUAAAUGUAUUUAUUCUAUUUUUAUUGAAAAAUCUUUAAAGUUGAGUUAAAGUUACUAUUUUAUAGCAUUUUCUAGAAGUAGAAAACAUGUCGCUUAUAAAAACGAAAGCAGCACUUGCACUAAAGGACGCUGAAAGCAAUUUUCAAGUGGUGAAAUUUGAAGCACACAAACCUAAAAAACGGAAAGUUUUGGAAGACGAUAAAAAUGAUUAUAAAGGACAAGCCCCGUAUUCUAAGAAAGACUUGGACUUAAAGAAGAUUCGGCAUGAGGUGGUAAAGUACGGGAUGUCGGGGUUCGACGGAUCAAGGAAAGAAGAGGCUAAAAUUGCUCUAGCCGUCAGUUUAGGAGCAAAACCACCUAAAAGAGAGUAUGUAAACUACAAAGAGCUUAUGCAGAAGAGAAAACAAGAAAAGUUAAAAGAGAAGGAAGAGAAACAGCAGAUGAUUGCAAAGAGUAUUCUUCACAGUGUUGGCAAGAAGAAGAAGAAGGGACCAGCACAUGAUGUUGGACAUUUACUUAGUUCUUAUGGCAAGGUGCUAAAGAAAGAUUUGAAGAAGAAAGAUGACAAAUCAUCACAGAAGAAGAAGAAAAAAAAAAUACUGUAGUAUUUGAGAUAAGCAACCUUAUUUUAUGUGUA